GUUGGAGAGAUGGUAAAGCACUGGGAAGUGAAAGAGUGGGCUGUGUUUAUAUUUGUACGCCGGAUUCGAAUAGCCGCGCGCAGGGUGAUGUGGCAGCAGCAGUAAGACAGUUGCGAGCGAGCGGCCGAGCGCGCUAGCAGCAGCAGCAGUUGACCCCCCACGCAGAGCUCGCUUGACUAGCGCGAACCCGCCUGCAGUGCAGUGUAGCCGGUACCAUCUCGUCUCUAUAUAAAACUCACAGAACAAAUACCAUCUUUCAUCGACGUUGAAGCAAGCAAAAACAUGUUCAAUUGUUGAUUUCUCGUAACUGUGAAGCUGUGGCGUGUGUUGAUUUUACAGUAAUCCAGACGAAACAUUACAUCUACAAGUUAAUCAUGCAGCAACAGCGUAACAUUACAUCUAGAAUUAUUGACAAUGGGGAAAGAAUAUAUAGAUGCUGUUAGAAAGAGAGUAAAUGUUAAUUUACAAUUGCGUAAUCUUUUUAUUUGAAAAGUAUAUGACGACGGGAUCAAUAGUGCUUGUGUACGGCGACGCCAUGGAAUCGAUACAUGAAAGUAACAGUUGAAGCCGGCUGGGAUGAGCGGGUUACAGACUACAUCACUACACUGCAUAUUUUGCAUUCUUGUGACUUCGCCCAAAAGGCAUCAUCAUCAUCACCACCAUCCAUACGGAAGAGGCGAUCCGUUUUUACCGAGAUUACGUCAUUAUUGUUCCUACCACCAGGACCAGUGUAAUUAUAAACAAUAUAACUUAGCUACAACAGCAUCGGCCUUUAUGAACGGGACAGUCCACAUCUGACAAGAUACCAACACUUUUCUUUACCCCUAAUUUUCAUACAUCUUCUCGAGGCGUCUGAGACAGCAACAUAACAAAAAAGAAACAGCAAAAAUGGCUGAGAAGACAUCCCCAAGUUAUUUGUUGCAGCUUAAGGCAACGAUAAUCAGGAAUCUUCUUCUUAAGAAACGAGAAAAGCGAAAGACUAUUGCUGAAGUGUUUCUGCCACUGUAUACACUAGGAAUUCUGAUUGUAAUCAAGAUCAUAAUACCAAACCCAAACUUUCCUGUUAUGAGCACCCCACGGGGAGAGGCAGUCCUAUUUGAACACUUCCAGCAAUUUAAGAACCACACCAUUGCCAUUGUACCAAACUCUACUGAGACACAGCGCUUCCUGGAGAGUGUGAAUCAGCUAUGGUUGACGAUGCACCUCGACCCAGGACUCCAUCCAAUCAGCUUCAUGAUGUUUGACACACAUGAUGAUCUGCUUACAGCUUAUUGGAAGGAGCCAACAUCUAUCCCUAUUGCUGUCAUCUUUGAAACAGACGAUCCUGUCAAAGGAAGUUUAAAGUAUGAAAUCAGGACAAAUCCUUCUUUUGUGGUAACGCCCUCAACAACAGAACUGUACUCAUCACCAGCAUCAUGUCGAGAGAGUGAAGGCCACUGGAGUGGAGUGUUCCCUAUAGAAACUGGGGAGAGCUGUCCAGUGAACCAAUAUUAUUACUCUGGUUUUGUGGCAAUCCAAGCUCUCUUUGAUUUCACCAAGAUCAGGUUGGAUUCAGGUCAAAUGAACAUUGAAGUGCCACACAUCAUGCUUGAAUUAUUUCCAAAGAAGGCAUACACUGGAGACUGGAUGGUGGCAUUCCGAGUUCUGAUUCCAUUAUACAUGGUAAUGGCGUUAUCACAGUUCAUAACAUAUUUACUCAUCCUUAUUGUUGGAGAGAAGGAAAAGAAAAUAAAAGAAGGCAUGAAGAUAAUGGGACUUCGUGAUUCUGUAUUCUGGUUGUCCUGGUUUAUCAUAUACGGGAUAUUUGUGCUGUUUCUGACCAUCGUCAGUUCGAUCCUGCUGUUCACGUUGAGAGUGUUCCAGCACACCAACUUCCUGCUCAUCUUCCUGCUAAUCCUGUUGUAUGGUCUCUCCAUCAUCAUGUUUGGCUUCCUGCUCACCCCCUUCUUCGACAAGGCACGGACUGCUGGCAUUCUUGGAAACUUUGCAGUGAACAUCAUGAGUUUACUGUACUUCAUACAAGUGUUUGUUGAUGACUCAAGUUCUGUGGCCUUCUGGCUUGUCUCCCUCUUGAAUUCAUCAGGAUUUGCCCUUGCCAUGGACAAGGCAUUAGUGCUGGACUUGUCAGGGGAUGGCGUGAGUUUUGACAAUCUCUGGUCAGGUCCUGGGAUUCCAUUUGGGGGCAGCCUAAUCAUGAUGUCACUGGAUAUUGUUCUAUAUGGUCUUCUUGCCUACUACUUGGAUUGUGUUAUUCCCAGUGAAUAUGGCACCAAGAGAUCGCCAUGGUUCUGUUUCACUCCUGGAUUUUGGUGCUCCAGGAAAUCUGCCCCACGAAUUCCAUCUGUAAAUGGUGAGUCGGAUUCGUUCAACACAGGUGAAGAAUUGAACCGAGAUAUUGAAACUGUGGCACGGGAAAUGAAAGGACGGGAAGCCAUAAAUAUAGUGGAUCUUUAUAAGACAUUCCAUGCAUGCAGGAAACCUGAAGUCAGGGCAGUUAAUGGUAUCAACUUAGCAAUUUAUGAAGGUCAAAUUACAGCUAUUCUUGGUCACAAUGGAGCAGGCAAGACCACGCUUUUCAACAUUUUGACAGGACUUACAGCCCCAUCUGCAGGAACAGCUUUUAUAUUUGGAUAUGAUGUUAGGGAUCCUAAUGACAUGCACAGAAUCCGCCAGAUGACUGGGGUAUGUCCACAGCAUGAUAUCUUGUUUGAUAUGUUGACACCUCGUGAACAUCUAGAGUUCUUUGCAGCUGUUCGGGGAAUACAUUCAUCCUUGAUUGAGUGCGAAGUGUCUAAAACUCUGCGAGAUAUUGACCUGAUUGACAAAGCAAACACCUUUGCCAAACAUUUGAGUGGUGGGGAGAAGAGGAAGUUGUCUGUUGGCAUUGCUGUUAUUGGAGACCCAAGGAUUAUUAUCUUGGAUGAACCAACAGCUGGUGUUGAUCCAUACUCUCGGAGACAUAUGUGGUCUGUCCUUCAAAAUAGAAGACAUGGAAAGGUAAUUUUGCUUACAACGCAUUUCAUGGAUGAAGCGGAUAUUCUUGCAGAUCGAAAGGCUGUUGUUUCAAAAGGUCGUCUCCGAUGUUGUGGAUCUUCCCUGUUCUUGAAAAACAAAUUUGGUAUUGGUUACCAUCUAACACUUGUCCUGGAGGGGGUAUCAAGGGAGCAUGCCAUUACACGUCUUGUGACGAGUCAUGUUCCAAAAGCAGAGAAGGCUCGUCGCCAUGGGAGGGAACUCAGCUUUAUCUUGCCACACAAUGCUGUGGAAAACUUUGCACCACUCUUUUCAGCCAUUGAGCAUGAGAUUAACACGAGGGCUAGCCGAUUGGGUAUAAGCAGUUAUGGCGUUUCCAUGACAACGCUUGAAGAGGUUUUUCUCCACCUGGAACGUCUGGAGCGAGAUGAGGAGACAGAUGGGACAAUGGACAACCUGUCAAAGAAGAUGGUGCGCAAUCGUGCGCUGAGCCGCUCUCUGUCGCUUCAGAGUAAGAGUACUUCAUACCAGAGCCUCCAGAAUGAGGGUGCUGUCAUCACAACUGCCACGGGGCCUACGGGAGAUGUGCCAGGGAGAGGUAGAGGUGUAGGAGCUGGGGACACACAAAUUGAUGGCAUCAUGAACCAAACAAAUGAACAUCCAGUAACUGGACUAGGGUUCAGCACAAUAGAAACAAAUCCAAAUAAGUGGCAAACAUUAGUAGCACUACUCAGGUUACGAAUGUUGCGAAUGUUUCGGGACAUUCAGAGGCUAUACUUCAUGAUCAUCCUUCCACUGGGGUUUGCUGCAGGUGGGCUGUAUAUCCACAGCAUCCAGUCAACAGACCCCAAGAUGAAAUCACUAAUUCUUAAUGCAGACACAUACAAGAAUCAUACAAGGAUUGCAUUCCACAAUGCGACAUCAACAUCUCUUGAUGAAUUUGUGCAGUCUCUAGAAGAGAAUGGAUCAUCAUUUGUGGAUCUAUACAAUGGAAACUUCUCACUUCUCCUUGACUUGGCUCCACAUAUGGCUGCACUGAAUGUGAAUGUGUGGGAAAUGCCUGAAAUUAACAUUACUACCAUAUACAACGACACAGCACAACAUUCGCUACCCAUAGUAAUUAAUCUUCUAAGUAAUGCCUUCUACAGGAUGUUGAUGUCUAAAAGAGUGAAGAACGAGCCUAUUGUUGUGAAGACACACCCCUUCCAGCAGACUUCACAGCCAGAGGAAUUCAAUAUGGGCACAUUCUCAUCAGCUAUUUUUAUCGGCAUGACUUUUGUCCUUGUGCCUGUCAGCCUUGCUGUUGAUAUGGUGUAUGAUCGAGAGAUAAAAUCUAAAAACCAACUGCGGGUGAAUGGGCUAUCUCUCCUCAUGUACUUCUUCACUUACUUUGUGGUGCUUGCUGGACUGAUGCUGUUCAUCUGUAUAGCACUACUAACACUCAUUUUUCUAUUUGAUCUGCCAUCGCUGCAAGAGCCGCCUGCAUUUUGCACCAUGGGCAUGCUCAUCAUACUCUACUGUCCUGCUUCCAUCUUAUUUGCAACCUGUGUUUCCUACAUUUUUGACAAGAUGGACUCAGCACAAUCCAUACUGCCCAACAUUGUAACAUUCCUUGGUCUCAUUCCUUUUUUGUUAGUUAUGUUCCUUGAUAUGUUAAGAAUAGGAGGACGAGCAGCUUUGGCACUGCAUGUUGUAUUCUCCCUGCUCAACACAAUGUAUCUACCCUAUGCCGUGGUGUACUUCGUGGACAGAGUUUACCUGAUGUGUCGUGUCAACCUUGCCUGUACAAAUCUCACAUUUGCUGACUACCUCACUGAUGAAAUUAUUGUCAUGCUGGUUAGCAGCCUUCUUCAAAUCCCCAUCUUAAUGUAUGUUCUUCUUGUACUUGACAUCAAGAAAUCUGGUGGACGGGCUAGUGAUGUCUUCAAACAUUUCCUGCCAAACAGCAACAAUAUGACUGUGGAGGAAGUGGAGAACAAUGAUGUUGGAGAGCAUGAGGAUGAUGAUGUUAGGAUGGAACGACAGAAAGUUUCUGACAUAUUAUCAAACCGGAGUGCAGAUCCACCUGUUGUUAUAGUGCAGAACCUGCGCAAGGAGUACCAAAAGGUGACGAGGGUUUGCAGUGGGAGCACUGAUGGCAGUUGCUGCUGUAUGAAGGGAGACAGUGAUCAUGAUGUCCAUAACAAAGUGGCUGUGCAUAACCUUUCGUUAGCUGUGGAUGCAGGAGAAGUAUUUGGAUUGCUGGGGCAUAAUGGUGCUGGCAAGACAACAACGAUGAAGAUCAUGAUAGCAGAGGAAGCAGCUACAAAAGGCAGAGUUCAGAUUGCUGGACAUAACAUUACUUCCAACACUGCUGAGGCCUUCCAGCUGAUGGGGUAUUGCCCACAGCAUGAUGCACAGUGGAAGAAUAUCACAGUAAGGGAACAUCUCGAAUGUUAUGCAGCCAUUCGUGGUGUUCCACCCAGCGAUAUUGACAGGGUUGUAGACUUGUAUUUAGCAGGGCUGCAAAUACAAGAGCAUGCAGGGAAACAGAGCCAACAUUGUUCUGGAGGAACUAGACGCAAACUAAGUUUUGCCAUGGCCAUGGUUGGCAGUCCUUCUGUAGUCCUGAUGGAUGAACCUAGCACAGGCAUGGAUCCUCGAUCAAAGAGGUUCCUGUGGGACACUAUCCUUGCAAGCUUCCAGGGUUCCCGUGGUGCCAUUCUCACAACACAUUCCAUGGAGGAGGCUGAUGCCCUGUGUUCUAGGGUUGGUAUCAUGGUGAAGGGUGAACUCAGGUGUGUUGGGUCCACACAACAUCUGAAGAACUUGUAUGGAGCAGGUUACACUUUAGAGAUGAAGCUUAGGGGAGGAGAUCGAACACCGACGACACCAUCAUCUGAUAGUCACAGUGAUCUGAAAGAGUUUGUUGCUGGACUAUUCCCAGAUGCAACUCUAGAAGAGAGUUUUGCAGAUAGGCUAAUGUUUAGUGUUCCCCAGCAUGCUGUCACAUCAUUGGCUAAAUGCUUCUUACAGCUUGAGACAGCAAAAACUGAACUGAACGUUGAGGAAUACAGUUUCAGUCAGACAACUCUAGAACAGGUGUUCCUAAAAUUCGCUCACUAUGACGAGGUGAAUGGUGACUAAGGGACAAGAGUGUAAUGUUUUAGAAUGCAGAUAGGUUUCAAGGUGGUUGAAGAAGUGGAGACAGUAAUGGAUAUCAGAAAUUGUGUUCAACAAGAAAGCCGAUUGUUGGAAAGAAGAAGGCAGUGGAUUGAUUCCGUCUACCUCGUUGUGAACAGUGCGGUUAUAAAUUAUAAAGUUAAUUUAUUUGCCAGUGGAUUGAAAUAAGAGCAAAUCUGUUUGACAAAUAUCUUCUUCAUGUUUAUUUAGUGAAAUUAAGACACGUGAUAUUACAUGGUGAAAGAUUUAGAAAGGAACAAAUUUUGUUUCUCUCUAUAUUUUUAGGCCUGUUUUGCGAACAGUGGAAUGUAAUAGUUGGGGUUGUCUAGUUUGUCCUAAUUUUGUUCAGACUCUGUUUGGCUUGUUUCUCAUGGAGUGAGUUAUAAGAUAAAAAGAUUAAAUGUGCAUAUAAAUGAGGCAGCCCCUGGAGCGUUAAUGUAUGCUUGAUAAUUUUCCUUACUUUGCUUAUAUGGCUAGUGCUGGUGUAUUUUGUAUUGACCUCAUACUUAAAAAUGGAAAGCCUUAAAUAUCUCCCCUAUGAUUCACAUGCCUGACUAUCUAUGGAACAAAAUAUUUCACAGAAAUAUAAGGGAUUUUAUGAACAUGUAAAAGUAGGGAAGUUUCCAGGAAUGAACCUUCAUUUCUGUAAAAUUUAUGUUGCAGUUCUUCAUGUCAUUCAGUUUAACUCUUUCUUAUCCUAUACUGACAGUCUUAUGUCAUCAUCAUUCUUUCAAACAGGUCCAGUGUUGAAAGUCUUCUACCACCAAUUUACUAAUUUACUGCCAUAUUGUUGUCACUUGCUGAGUUUAUGUGUUUGGUCUUCGUAUUGUCUGAUGUCUUAUCUAGUAGUUAGAUAUAAGAACAACAGAUGGCAAGACUUUUAUAUUUUCCCAUACAUAAGGACUUUUCUUUAAGUUUUUGUGAAAAUUAAUUUGUAGCCUGUAGGAGUGAGGUUGAAAAAAAGGAUGGAAAUGGUUAAUCUUUUAAGGUCUUUAGGACUCAAAACUCACUAUUCUUGAGACCGUUAUUAGGCCCUAAAUUGUUAGACACCAGAGAAAUCCUGACAUUCAUAACAGGUUAAAAGUGAACAACCUAAUAGAAGGCAUGAAACUAUAUUUAAAGAACUAGCUAGACCACCUGGAAAGAAUAGACAGAAACUGCUUACCCAUACUAGCUUUUUGAUAUCACCCCUGAGGAUGACAUGAUGCUGGAAGUCCUAGGAAAAGUGGAAAGAUCAAGAACAUCUUGAGCUUUGAAGGAGCAGGCCUUAAGGCCUAACCUUUGUUUAUGUUCAUGAAGAAGAUGGGUUCAAAAUUAGAUUGUUCAUUGAACUUAAACAUGGAAAUUAUAAACCAUUAUAUAAACUAAUAGAAUUGGAGCUUGGCUAUAUGCUAAAAUGUCAAAGCAAGGUUUUUUCCAUUUUUGAAAAUGAGGCAAUAUGGACUAGUGUCC